AGGCAUUCCAUAAUUAGUUGUGCUUUAACAGAGUAGAAGUAUUAUAAAUACACACCUACGUAGAAAAUUUGUUGUAAAGAUUUGAUUUUCUGAUAAGUGAUAUAGCCUAUAUCACUAGUGGUUGGACAGCAAUUUUCCACUGUCUUUCGCAAACCGUGAUUCAUAAAUUAAUUUACGAGCAUGAGGCUAAAAACAAAAUAUUGACAUUCAGGAUGUUACUUACAAAAUAAUGAAAAAUUCAAACCAAUUGUCCCGACUGAAAAUUGGUGCUUUAGUUUUUUUGUUUACGCUUUUGUAUGCUUUUACUCUCUGUUCAGUGCAAAACUAUGGAUUCAUCGGAGCGUUCUACAGCCUGGAAGACGUCCUGGAGGUGUUCAAUAAAGAAAAAUACAGGGAGAACCCUUCAGUGAUCAAGUUGUUGAGACUGUACAACGCUCUGGUGGAGGAUGUGGGGAACGUGUCACAGUACGACAACAACAACCCUUUCAUAGCGAUCGAGGGCAACCAUAAAACAAGAAGGUUCAUCGUGGCAAGGCAGCUGGCUCGAGCGUUGAAGGCGACCAAUUUGAGGAGUCCUCCAGAGUUCAUGAACUUCCUCAAGUUUGACUUCAAGGAGUUGGAGAUACGAAGAGCCUACUACUCCCUGGCGUUGUACGCGAACGCUCUUGAGGCUCGCAGACUUCUUCACGAGAAGGCUGUGGUAACUGCCGGGUAUUGGCUUGAUAUAGCUGCGUUUUCUCUGGCCAAAAAGUAUCCGUUAGCUUUUCCAGAGAAUUCUUCAGAGAUGAGAUGGCCUGAAGAUUUGCUCGCUCCUGACAUAGUAUUUUACAUUAACAGCCCCCCUCCGGAAACCACUCUUCAGUAUAACAUGGCUUCAACAAAACCACCGAACCCUUUAAAACCAAGGUUGGUGGACGUGUACAGAACCUGGACUUACCCUCGAGUUGUGGAACUAAGUGGGUACAUCUUUUCCUACAAUGAGAUGUUUACGGAAAUGUUCAGACACAUCAAUUUCAUCAAGCAGUCCAAGUUUAAACAGUACUUGAAAGAAAACAGGAAAACAUUGAAAAGAUCAUACACAAACUAGACACAACCAUAAUGUAAUUUUCUGCCGUUUACAAUUCAAAAAUAAAAGCAACUUAUGUCCA